ACCAGCGCCAUUUGUGCGCGUUAUUAAAGCUAAAAUAACAAAUAUGGCGGAUGAGAGAGAGAGAGAGAGAGAGAGAGAGGUGCAUAUUCAAUUUAGGGCGAAUGCGCGUUCCCUUUCGUGCACGCGCGCGCCUCAGUUUAGACAAGGAGCGAGUGCGCGCGCCCGGAUCACCAAGUAUCUUCCAUCUACAGUUCUUCUUUUCUUUCUCUCGUUCUUUCUUGUGUGUGUGUGCGUGUUUUGUUUUUUUGCACGAUCACGCGCGUGUUUGGUCGGUAAGGAGUUACGAAAAUCGUUCCAACAUGGAGAACAAGCGAAGACGUUAAGUGUUAAAGUGAAAAGUUGGAGAAUAAAAGCGCAAAAGAAAGAGAGAGAGAGAGAGAGAGAGAGAGAGAAAGGAAAAGAAACGCCGAGUUUUGGAGGACCGUUAUGUCCCGUUAGGAGAUUUAUUAACGCGCGAGCCGAAGAGAACUUUGGAGUUUAUUUCUUCUUCUCGGUAUCCUUCGGUUCUCUCUUUUUGUCCAUCCUUUGGUGUGCAUGGGUCGUCGGUAGGAUCGCGCGCUCCGCGGGAUGGGAGCGAGCCAGGGUAAGCAGAGCGGGAGUGAAGGGAAGGGCAGUUCCAGCAUUUCCUCCGACCUGAGUUCAAGUACGGAUCAGACGUCGACCAAAGCUCAGAAGAAUGUGGCUACCAGUGAAGACUCGGACGUGAGCAUGCGCACUCUGAGUACACCCAGUCCUGCUCUCAUCCUUCCUCGCUCUUCACCUGCCCUCUUCAAUGGCUCCUCGUUGUCCUUCGCUCCUGAGACUGUUGGUCUCACUUACCCUCAGCGUGGAAUGUGCCAGUCCAAAGAGCAACAUCAGGGGGCACCCAUCGACAUGCUGCCUGACCACGCCUUUCUGCAGAUCUUCGCCCAUCUGCCCACCAACCAGCUGUGUCGUUGCGCCCGGGUAUGCCGCCGAUGGUAUAACCUGGCAUGGGACCCACGGCUCUGGAGGACAGUGCGUCUGACGGGUGAUGUGGCACAUGUGGACCGGGCGUUGCGGGUGCUUACGCGCCGUCUAUGUCAGGAUACGCCCAACGUAUGUUUAACCGUGGAGAUGGUGGUGUUGAAUGGCUGUCGCAGACUUACCGACCGCGGCCUUUACACGGUGGCGCAGUGCUGUCCCGAGCUGCGGCGCCUCGAUCUGGCUGGCUGCUACAACGUGUCCAAUGAGGCUGUGUUCGAGGUCGUCUCACGAUGCCCUAACCUGGAGCACCUGGAUGUCUCAGGAUGCUCGAAGGUGACGUGCAUCAGUCUGACGCGGGAAGCAUCCAUCAAACUCUCUCCUCUGCACGGCCAGCAGAUCUCCAUCCGCUACCUGGACAUGAGCGAUUGCUUUGCGCUGGAGGACGAGGGUCUGCACAUCAUCGCGGCUCACUGCACGCAGCUCACGCACCUGUACCUUCGCCGCUGCGUACGCCUGACCGACGAGGGUCUGCGCUUCCUCGUCAUCUACUGCCCGGUGGUGCGUGAGCUCAGCGUUAGUGACUGCCGCUUCAUCAGCGACUUCGGGCUGCGCGAGAUCGCCAAGCUGGACGUUCACCUGCGCUACCUGAGCAUAGCGCACUGCGGCCGCAUCACCGACGUAGGAGUGCGCUACAUCGCUAAGUACUGCUCCAGGCUACGUUAUCUGAAUGCCCGAGGCUGCGAAGGCCUUACGGACCACGGCAUCGAGCACCUGGCUAAGAGCUGUCCCAAGCUCAAGAGCCUGGACAUCGGCAAGUGCCCGCUGGUGUCGGACGCCGGGCUGGAGGUACUCGCGCUCAACUGCUUCAAUCUGAAGCGCCUGAGCCUGAAGGCGUGCGAGAGCAUCACAGGCCGUGGACUGCAGGUAGUGGCGGCCAACUGUUUCGACCUGCAGCUGCUUAACGUGCAGGACUGCGACGUGUCACUCGACGCGCUGCGCUUCGUCAAGCGCCACUGCAAGCGCUGCGUCAUCGAACACACCAACCCCGCCUUCUUCUGAAAGCUACGACGAACUAGACAGUCUGAUACACAAGAACAUGUGCUUGUGUUGUUGUUUUGUUUGUUUGUUCUUUUGUUUUUGAAGUGUCCGUUCGGCUGCAGCUACGACGACAAUCUCAUACGCAUCAUGCUAACAAGCUCUGUUUCUAUUCGUUGUUAGCAAUCCUAGCACUUUUGGGUUGUGAGUAAGGUCUGCAUACACUAAGACAUCACGACAAUCCAAACAAAAAUAUCUUCACAACUGAGUGCCAAA